AUGUUUCUGCAACUGCAGGCUCGUGGCUCGGAACUGCUGUACUAUUGUAUCCCAAAAGUGUGCCAUGAAAGCUAUCUCUAGGGUGUCCAGCUUGCCACAGAGUGCAGAGGCCUCGCUUCUAGUUUCACGUUUCUCCUGUGAGUCAUUGGAAAUAUUGUUCAAUGCCUCUCUCAAUUGUGUAAUAGGUCAGCCUUGAGGGGGCUGACCUGUGGAAGGACUUCAGGCUGACCAGGCCCUCCCUGGAGCACCUCAUCCACCUUCUCCAAGGGGACCAUUACCAUGGAUGGGGGAAGGCACUCGAGGUGCUUGAUUUUGUUUACUGGCUUGCCUGUGGCACAUCAUAUCGAGUUGUGUCAGAGGCCUUCGACAUCCCUCGUUCGACGUGCCACGAUAUGGUCCACAGGGUCAGCAGCGACAUCCACCAAGUUUUCCGGAGAUUCUUGCAUUUGCCCAACAGGGCUGAGUUGGAGGAAAUUGGGGCUGGGUUCCAGCAGUUGGCUGGUCACCCAGCUUUCUGCAAAGUGGCAGGAAGCAUCGACAGAUGUCAUGUCCGUAUUGUGCCCCCUGGACAGUUUGGAGCAGACUUUUUUAACAGAAAACUGUUCCACUCUGUCCAGUUUCAGGCCAUUGUGGACCACAAAGGACGCUUCCUGGAUGUGCACGUCGGUUUCCCUGGCUCCGUGCACGAUUCGCGGGUCCUCGGGUGCAGCCCUGUGUACGUGCACCAGCUGUACCCUUCUCCAGGAUGGUGCCUAUUAGGGGAUGGGGAUUAUCCCUGCAUUUCAGAACCACUCACACUUAUCAGCCCAUUCAGGGAGCCUUUGAGGAAUCCCACCCAAGAGAGGUUCAAUGCCAGGCAUUCUCGGGCCAGGAGUGUGGUGGAGAGGGCAUUUGGAGUACUGAAAACCAGGUAGCGUUCCAUAUUUCUCAAGGCCCUGGAGGUGAUGUUGACUUCGUUUCGGAGGUCAUUGUAGACUGCCUUUUCCUCCACAACCUCUGCCUCGGGCACAGGGACAUUUUGGAGCCAGAGGACGGUGAAGAGGUUGAUGGGGAUGAUAACUGUCUGGCAGCUCAUGACCUGGCCCAACAGACUGGUGAUGCCUUCAGGGAUCGGAUGGCAGCAGCAAUAUCAGUUCCUGAGGAGCAGAUCCCUGCUCUGAGGGAGCAUGAUUAUUAA